GUCGGUUAGACGUACCCGGAGCUGCGUGUACUCGAUCCGUGUGCGAAGGAAAAAACUACUUUCUCCGGACAAGUACUCGUGACUUUCGAAUUUCCUUGAUCGCCACGAGAAAGCAAAUGUACACAAAAAUUAUCAGAAUUUCGUACUGUAAGAGCUGGAAAAAAAAAAAACUGGGACGCAUGUGAUGCCAGAUGUCCGGUAUUCGCAGCGAAAUUAGUAUGAAUAUCCUGAGUUAUUUCAAUUUAAUGAUGUACGGGCAAAGACCGUCAGAGGAGAUUAAGAAACAUGCGCUAGAGACGAAGGCACUUAUUGUGGAUCUGCGGAGCGACACCAUCAGUAAGCCUCCAUUGGCAAUGAGGCAGGCUAUGUUCGACGCCGAAGUUGGCGAUGACGUUUUCGAGGAGGAUCCGACUGUCAAACGUCUCGAGGAGAAGGCUGCCAAGUUGCUGGGUAAAGAGGCGGCGCUGUUCGUUUCAAGCGGAACGAUGGGAAAUUUAAUUUCCGUAAUGAUCCACUGCGACACCCGAGGCUGCGAGAUUUACUGCGGAUCUGAGUCUCACAUAGUGAACCACGAGCAAGGCGGUGCCGCUCAGAUCGCCGGUGUGACCGUCUGCAGCCUACCUAACCGACCGGACGGUACAUUCAGCCUAAUUGACCUCGAGUCGAAGCUGCGGAGCAAUUGGUUACACGAACCUAUAUCCUGUCUGGUGGCAGUGGAAAACACGAUAAAUGGUCGCUUGGUGCCCCAAGAGUGGAUAAACCAGCUUGAGCAGCUUGUCCACAGGCACAAUCUCAAACUGCACCUAGAUGGCGCGCGGCUAUGGAACGCGAGCGUUGCCUCCGGCCGGCCGGCUUGCGAGCUUGCCCGGCCCUUCGACUCGGUGACCUUUUGUCUGAGCAAAGGAUUGGCCGCGCCCGCCGGAUCGGUACUUUGUGGAUCAGCUGAUUUUAUCAGGCGAGCCAGGAGGGCACGCAAGGUCCUCGGUGGCGGGAUGAGGCAGGUAGGCGUGCUCGCCGCUGCAGGUAUAUUUGCUCUUGACGAGAUGGUGCCUCUGCUGAGGGACGACCACAGGAGGGCGAGCGAGAUCGCCAAGGCAAUCAACGCAACGGGAUCGAGGAUUUUUUCGGUCGAUCUUGGGGUUACUCACUCGAAUAUGAUCAUGAUAAAGGUUUCUGCAGAUGGAGUCAAUGGGAAGAGCAAGGUGUCGGCGAGGGACUUUGUGGCACGGCUUCAGUGUGUAAAGAACGAGGCUGAUGAUGACGACAGGAUCGUUGUGAGGGGGCUGGCGCUCAGCAGCUGCCUAGCGAGGCUAGCUUUUUAUUACGAGAUUACGGAUGAACUAACCAAAGCUACUAUUAGGAAAAUUAAUUACGUGAUUAGGGAGUUUGAACGUAAUAACUAACAAAACGCCCGGAGGAAAAAAAGCUCACCAAUCCGAGUUGAUCAAUAAAAGGUCUAAAAAUUCAGGACAAAAAGUCCCUGCUUAUGCAUAUAAAUAAGUUAUGAACUUUAAACUUUAGAAAAAGCACUGCAGAAUCUAACAGUUUUAAUUUUUUUCACGCACAUAUGAAUGCUUAAAUUUUUAUGUAGAAUUAAGAGAUCACUUAAUGUAAUAACAUUACUUUUGUUAUAUAUGUAAUAAAAUUAAUAUUAUAAUGUAAACAUUGCUAUUUGUCAAAACAUUAUACUCGCAGCUCAGUAACUACGAUAUGUACUUUGAUAAUUGUAUCAAUGUUUUUUUCUGUGUUAGGAACUUACCCCUUUAGUAAAUGAUUGAUUAUCCUCCUUUCGGAUGAAAAGUGAGGUAUGGAUGGUAAUUUUCGAACAUGGUGGUGCAACU